CAGUUUCACUUUUGCUCUCAACAAUGAAAAGAAACUACUGGCCCAACUGGCUUUUCAGUUCCUUGCUGCUGGGCUGUACCCUUGCACUGGGGAGUCAGGGCCAUGCCCUCCACGGAGACCCUGAAGGGUCCCAGCUUUGGCCAGCACUUCUGGAUGAUGGUGAUCUGCACAGUGCUCCUGCAGAUGCUCCUGCAAACGCUGUCUGUGGCUAUGACUUACGUGUACUUCACUAACGAGAUGAAGCAGCUGCAGAACAAAUACUCCAGAAGUAGACUGGAUUGCUUGUUAAAGGAAGAUGAGGAUGCCUGGAGCCCCACUGAAGAGGAGAUCCAAUACUGUCUGCAGACUAGGAAGCAGCUGUAUCAGCUCAUCGAAGAGGUGUCUUUGAGAACUGUUAAGGAAACCACUUCUACAGUUCAAGAAAAGCAGCUAAGUAUUCCUUUCCCGCCCAGAAGUGGGAAACCUCAGAGAGUGGCAGCUCACAUUACCGGAAUCAGUCGGAAAAGCAGUUCAGCCUUAGCUCCGAUGUCCAAGGAUGGAAAGACCUUGGGCCAGAAGAUAGAAUCCUGGGAGUCAUCUAGGAAAGGGCAUUCGUUCCUCAACUAUGUGCUUUUGAGAAAUGGAGAGCUGGUCAUCCAGGAACAGGGCCUUUACUACAUCUAUUCCCAGACGUACUUCCGGUUUCGAGAGAAUGAAGAGGGUUCCAAGACGGUCUCAAAGGAUAGAGGCCAAAACAAGCAAAUGGUACAGUACAUCUACAAAUACACCAGCUAUCCAGACCCCAUCAUGCUGAUGAAGAGUGCCAGGAACAGCUGCUGGUCCAGAGAUGCAGAGUAUGGACUCUAUUCCAUCUACCAAGGGGGACUGUUUGAGCUGAAGGAAAAUGACAGGAUCUUUGUUUCUGUGACAAAUGAGCAUUUGAUGGACUUGGACCAAGAAGCCAGCUUUUUUGGAGCCUUUUUAAUUAACUGAAUGAUAUACAAAAAUCAGACAGAGUCUAAAAUGCCCAGUCAUCAAGGGUGAUGACUCUGGGUACAUGGUGUCUCCAGAUACUAUGAGAAGUUCAUGCUCCAUGCUCCUGCUGUCUGUGAAGGGCAAAGAAGCUACUUCUGCAGUGGUAUUGAUGACUGCAGAAUUACAGUUGAGUAAGAGGGACAUGGAGGGUUUCUGUGACAAUUUGUAUCACUAUCCCCACCAUCCAAAAAUACUGACAGCCUAGACAGGAAGCCAGCCCUUGAAGAGAGCUAUUAAAAAUUGUGAUAAGGAUGCUGACGUAUAGCUCACCAAAACUGAUGGCUACUGUGGCGGUGUGGGUGGAGAAGGACUCCGUUUUCUUGAAGGGAUUGACCCUGGGAGUUUUAUCAUACUCCAAUGAGUAUAUGGGCUACACAAAUUGGACUUGGGGGGUUCACAAGAUUGGGGGGCCUGGGAGGACUGGGAAAUGAGUAUGAUAGGGUUAUGAUUUUCCAAAUGGUCAAUGAAAAUAUUAUGUUGAAAAAAAUCACAGAAUCCCUCACCUAGAACAUUAGGAGAUUGUGUGUGUGUGUGUGUGUGUAUGUGUGUGUGUGUGUGUGUAAAACUGUUUUUUUAAUGGUAACUUAGUAUGAGGUUCUCAAGUGUGAACCCUGUGUAAACAACAUUGUGUCCCAUCGUCAUACAAAAUAGAUGUGUUUAUGAUCUCAAAACCCACUCACAGGUUGAACACCUCUGAAAAGUAAUGUAUGGCUCAACAAAAUGUCUUCACCCAAUGUGGUCCACAGAAGCCAACAGUUUGGAUACCCCCAAUUCUAGUCUUUCAGAAAUUUUCAAAUGAAAGACCAUGGACACAUUCUUUAUUAUAAAAUUGUUUUUUUUUAAUA